AUGGAAUCACUGCUAUCGCCACCCCUGAAUAUCCAAUUGGUCGCCACGUCCCCAGCCAAGUCCUACGAAGUGGUCCAGAAGGCCCUUUCUGCUCCCCUGGACGAUCCCGACUUGUUGCCGUACGUGAUUGGCGGGAACACCCACCAAACCAAGAACCGCCUGUACCAAAUUAGGGACGAGGUUUGCUUGCUCCGCCGGAAUAGUGCAAGACGUGGGCCGAGCCGAGACCAGCACACCUCCAAAAAGCGGAAGCACGACGACCCUAGCAAACGCCGCCGUAAAUCCAAGUCCUCAGCCCAAGCCGCUGUCCCCUGA